CAAUCUAGGCUCCAGACAGGUAUGCGUGGUACCUUUGGAAAGCCCCAGGGCACAGUGGCCAGGGUCCACACUGGCCAGGUCAUAAUGUCCAUCCGCACCAAGCUGCAGAACAAGGAGCAUGUGAUUGAGGCCCUCCGCAGGGCCAAGUUCAAGUUCCCUGGCCGCCAGAAGAUCCACAUCUCCAAGAAGUGGGGAUUUACUAAGUUUAAUGCAGAUGAAUUUGAAAACAUGGUGGCAGAAAAGCGGCUCAUCCCAGAUGGCUGUGGGGUCAAGUACAUCCCUAAUCGUGGCCCCCUGGACAAAUGGCGGGCCCUGCACUCGUGAGAGCCUUGGCACUGCCCCCUCCCUACCCAUGCCCACCAAUAAACCCUACUUUCUUGUCAAAAAAAAAA